GAGAGAGGGAGGGCUGGACUCCAUUAAUGCGAAGCCUGCUGCUGCCUGGAAAAGUGUUUGGGAUACUUCACUUCUUCGGCAAGUUCUUCGGGGAUUUUUCUCUCUUUUUAGCACCCAGUCAAGAAUAUAUACAUGAUUUAAAGAAGGGGGGCUUGUUCUGUGCCGUGUAGUCGACUCUUUUGGUGUGUUUUCCCCCGUCUUUUUGAAGCAGGAUGGCACUGGAUGGGAUCCGGAUGCCCGAUGGCUGCUAUGCCGACGGGACAUGGGAGCUGAAGAUGCACGUCACCGACCUCCACAGGGACGUGUCUCUGAGAGUCACUGGGGAAAUCCACAUCGGUGGAGUUAUGCUCAAACUUGUGGAGAAGCUAGAUGUGAAGAAGGACUGGUCAGACCAUGCCCUGUGGUGGGAAAAGAAGAAGACAUGGCUGUUGAAAACCCACUGGACGUUGGACAAGUACGGCAUCCAGGCUGACGCCAGGCUGCUCUUCACGCCGCAGCACAAACUGCUGCGCCUGCAGCUUCCCAACAUGAAGCACAUGAAGGUCAAGGUGAACUUCUCAGACCGGGUCUUCAAGGCUGUGUCGGACAUCUGCAAGACUUUCAAUAUCCGCCACCCAGAGGAGUUGUCUCUACUGCGCAAACCUCGUGACCCCAAGAAGAAAAAGAAAAAGUUGGAGGAGGCAGAAGAGGACAGUCUGGAGCUGGAAGGUCCCUUGUUGACUCCUGGAUCUGCCUCUGAGAUCAUUUUCAUCGGACCAGUGAAAGGGAGUGUCUACUCUAGUCCAGGCUUGUACAGUAAGACCAUGACCCCCACCUACGAUUCCAGAGAUGGCAGCCCCCUGUCGCCCACCUCAGCCUGGUUUGGGGACAGCCCCCUGUCAGAGGGCAAUCCUGGCAUCCUUGCCGUCAGCCAGUCGAUAGCCUCACCAGACAUCCUGGUUAAACUCUACAAACCCCAGUCCCUGCUGGACAAAGCCAAGAUCAAUCAAGGGUGGCUAGACUCGUCCAGGUCUCUGAUGGAGCAGGAUGUGAAGGAGAACGAUGUGCUGUUGCUGAGGUUUAAAUAUCACAGCUUCUUCGACCUCAACCCUAAGUAUGAUGCCAUCAGAGUCAACCAGCUCUAUGAACAGGCCAAGUGGGCCAUCCUGCUGGAGGAAAUUGAGUGCACAGAGGAGGAAAUGAUGAUGUUUGCUGCCCUGCAGUACCACAUCAACAAGCUGUCAGGCAUGUCUUCAGACAACCACAUGAAUAACAGCGAGAAGGAGGUGGAUGAGGUGGAUGCAGCGUUGUCUGACCUGGAGAUUACUUUGGAAGGAGGGAAAACCUCCAGCACACUGGGUGACAUCACAUCUAUUCCAGAACUGGCAGACUAUGUCAAAGUCUUCAAACCCAAGAAGCUGACGCUGAAGGGCUAUAAGCAGUACUGGUGCACGUUCAAGGACAUCACGAUUUCCUGCUACAAGAGUAAAGAGGAAGCACUCGGGACACCGGCACACCAAAUGAAUCUCAGAGGUUGUGAGGUAACGCCAGAUGUGAAUAUUUCUGGUCAGAAAUUCAACAUCAAAUUGCUAAUCCCCGUGGCCGAUGGGAUGAACGAGAUCUGGCUUCGGUGUGACACAGAGAAACAGUACGCUCACUGGAUGGCAGCAUGUCGCCUGGCCUCCAAAGGGAAGACCAUGGCCGACAGCUCAUACAACCUGGAGGUCCAGAACAUUCUCUCCUUCCUCAAGAUGCAACACAUGAACCCCGACCCUCAGUUCAUUGAACCAAUCACCACUGACAUCAACCCAGAGUGUCUGGUGUCUCCACGAUAUCUUAAAAAGUACAAGAACAAGCAGCCAGGCUAUGUCAGGGAUUUGAUUUCCGCCCGAAUCCUUGAAGCCCAUCAGAACGUGGCCCAGAUGAGUCUCAUCGAGGCCAAGAUGCGCUUCAUUCAGGCAUGGCAGUCCUUGCCAGAGUUUGGAAUCACUCACUUCCUUGCAAAAUUCCAAGGAGGAAAAAAAGAAGAGCUGAUUGGAAUCACCUAUAAUCGCCUGAUCCGAAUGGACGCCCACACUGGAGACGCAAUCAAGACCUGGCGCUUCAGCAACAUGAAACAGUGGAAUGUCAACUGGGAGAUCAAGAUGGUGACUGUCGAGUUUGCAGACGAGCCCAGUCUGUCCUUCAUCUGCGCCGAAGUGGACUGCAAGGUGGUCCACGAGUUCAUUGGCGGCUACAUCUUCUUGUCGACACGCGCCAAGGACCAGAACGAGUCGCUAGAUGAGGAAAUGUUCUAUAAACUGACCAGCGGCUGGGUCUGAGCAGUCCCAGGCCAGCAGGGGUCGAUGAUUUUUAGGUCAGGGGUCGGGAAGAGGAGCAGGCUUGUAUGGGUUUAUUUUAUUGUGUUCUGUUGUCGUUUUAAGUGUUUGAAACUGUGCCGAAGAAGUCAAAGUUUAGCACAGGUAUUGCCAAGACUGACGCAAUUAUUGUUCGAGUUAUA